AUGAGCUUCGAUCAGGAGAGUGACUCUGACCGAGAGUCAUCCAUUGAGGGGGAUAACCGCAAUUUACCCCACGCCGAGCUCACAACGGACGUCAAACCUGUUGCCCGUUCUGCGCGCACUCGCUUCGAUCCUCCUCUGCCUGCAUACGGUGGUGAGGGCCAGGAGUUCCAAUCGCAGGAAUCCGGUGAUGAGUCGGAUAACAGCGACUAUACCCCUCCAGUCUUGCGGACUUUUUCCUCUCUUAACCCGCCCUCCUACUCGGACGACGGCGAAAACGACGACGACGACGACGAAGAAGAAGAAGAAGAAGAGCAGGAGCAAGACAAUAGCCAGCGAGCGGAAGAACAGUUGCUGAACGGCUGUGAUAUGUAUCAGCCCACCCAACACUCGCUCACUGCGGACCAAAAUCUCAAUUACUCAAUUCCCCCAAUCCCUUCGCAAGACGAGCUGCCGCAGCCAAUCUACUCUAGCGAAGACGAGGACAGACCGCUCGACAAGUAUGCGAUUUUGGCUGCUGCGAGCAGAGAUCGUACCCCGGAACCCAUUGAUGGUCUCCCAGGUCCAGACGAGGACGUUGAUGCACCACCUUCGGCUCAGCCACGGGAAGACAUUGAAACGGCCAUAAAACGAUCCAGUCCAACGACACCUCUGAGCCUGUUGCGAAAGGCCACCAAACGAAACUUGACGCACAGCGGAAAGGAGCGACGUGCUGACAAGAAGAGGCUAAAGACAAAGGCCGCUCCAGCUGUUGUUCUUGGUGCCAGCUUCGCUGCCGAGAAUCCCGGGAUGAACGGUGACGUUGUUGAUGACUCUACGCCGUCCGAUCCAGAUGUCGACAACGCCCCUGUCACCGAGACAACGCCCAGCAAGCAAGCAAAGAGGCCACCAGCGACACCCGUCCUAGCCACUACGCCAGCUAGCCAGAAGCGCAAGCAGCAGUCUAAGCCCACAUUCGCGCUGGCAUCUCAACAGAAGCCCCUGAAGACAUAUCGUCUAAAGAGCUCUAGCAUCAGGUCCGAUCCCUACAUCGAAGACGAUAGCGAAAAUGGUUCCGGCAGUGGUGGUGACAAGACCAAUGGGGAGCAUACGACUAGCACUACAGCUGAAGCGUCCAGUCAGACUGUGAAGCAGACCAAACUAUCUUCGUCCGCCCAGAAGGAACGCGAUGCGGCAAGCAGACAGGUUGCAAUGGGUAACGGCAAUGCAAAAGCGAGAAAUAGCAAAGCAGCAGGUGGCAGCACUCCGACGCCACGCAGGUCUACGCAGACCCCUACAUCAAUCCGGAAGACGAAGAAACGAGCCAGCCAGCCAAAUACUCCUACUACGCCUCAGAAUCCGCUCAACCGAGUCUUCAAUAAGGAUGAUCUCCUACGGAUUACACAGGCCAUCGAAUCGUUCAGCGCCCAGCACAAGCUGACGCAAGUAGAAAUCAAUGACAUGAUUCAAGAGCGUUUCGGAGCCGGCCGGCACUCUUUCAACGAAGUGCUCGAUACACUUUGGAACACGAUUUUUUCCGUGUGCCCUGGAAAGACGCGUCAAAAGACGAUCGACUACUGUCGCAAGAACUUCCAUAACUUCAAGGCGCGCGGCGGCAACUGGACAGUAGAAGAGGACGAGGACCUGGCGAUGCUGGUCGAGCAGCACGGCAAGCAGUGGACGAAAUUGUCUAAGGAACUCAACCGCCAUCCAGAGGAUAUUCGGGACAGAUAUCGAAACUACGUCAUUUGCGGCCAGAAUCUGGAUCGGUCCGGCUGGACUGACGACGAAGAGCGCUUGCUUUUGAGAUUUGUUGAAGAGGCACGCGAAGCUCUAAGGGGUCCUUUGAGAACCCGUCCAAUUGAGUCGACUAUUGAUUGGCAGAAGAUCAGCGACGAGUUUGGUCGCAGCCGCAGCCGUCUCCAAUGCUUCACCAAGUGGAAACGGUUGCAAGGCGAAUAA